AAGAGUGAGCCGCGCUUGUCAGUCUGCGCGCACGCUGCAACGAUGGCAAUGGACAAGGAAAUGACCGAUUAUUUGAACCAGAUGCAAAUCAAGGAGACCUCUGACCUCUAUGUUCAGUGCAGCACCGUUUGCUUCAAUCGCUGUGUAAUGAACUUUACUGCGCGGAAGCUCAACGACAAGGAGCUCGAUUGCAUAGAAAAGUGCACCCAGAAAUUCGCCAAGAUGAAUCAACGCCUGACAAUCCGUCUCUUCGAGCUGAACCGAGACGAACUUGCGAAGCAGCAACAACAGAAAUAG